CUCUUUCUUUCUUCUUCCCCACUCCGUCUCUGCUGCUUCUCGAGCACUCUCCAAAACCCUCCUAAAACCCUAGCCCCCCUGCGCCACCGCCUCGGCCAUGGACUCCUCGGCGGGAUUGGGCGGCGCCGGAGGCGGAUGGAUGAUCGCCUCCAACCCUCGCGUCUGGAUCGUCGCGGGCAUCGCCAUCGCCGGCGUCAUCGUCCUCGUGGAGGCCGCGCGGCCCCGCCGCCGGUGGCUACACGGUAAGGCUGGGGUGCCCCCCGACGCCGGAGCCUUCUGCGACCGCUUCGAACUCUCCCCUCCGCCGCAGCCGCCGCCUCCCGCCGCGCGGCACCUGCUCGCGGGCCUGACCUUCGCCGUCAGUGACAGCUUCGAGAUCGAGGGCUAUGUUGCUGGGUUUGGGAACCCGGACUGGAAGAGGACUCACGAAGCGGCGAGGCACACAGCGGUGGCUGUCACAAUGCUGCGGAAGCAGGGGGGCACCUGCGUCGGAAGGACAAUCAUGGACGAACUCGGCUUUGGUGUCACUGGAGAAAAUUUACACUGUGGAACACCAGUCAACUCGGCAUCUCCCUCACUUGUCCCUGGUGGAUCAUGCAGUGGCUCUGCUGUGGCAGUUUGUGCACAACUUGUUGACUUUGCUCUUGGCACUGAUACAAUUGGUGAUGUAAGAAUUCCAGCAUCUUUUUGUGGUCUACUUUGUUUUAGGCCUUCCUAUGGUGUUGUGUCUACUCUUGGGACCAUAGCAAAUUCACAAAGUUUAGAUACUAUUGGAUGGUUUGCACGAGAUCCAUGUGUUCUUCAUCGUGUUGGAGAUGUUCUUUUACCAGCUGCUGCAGGUGGACUUAAGCAAUCAAAGCAAAUUGUUUUUGCCGACGAUUGCUUUCAGUUUCUAAAGGUCUAUAACCAGAAAAUUGUGCAUGCCAUAAAAUAUGCUGUCCAGACAUUGCCCGGAUACCAGCCACCUAAGCACAUCAAUAUUGGCCAGUAUAUUCGUUCGAAUGUACCUAGCCUGAAGGAGUUUUGUGAACCUGCUACAAGGUUACAAGAAGGAAUGAUGGCCUUGAAAACUCUCUCAGCAGUUAUGCUCUUAUUGCAGAGGUACGAGUUCAAAGCAAACCACAAGGAUUGGGUUAACACUGUAAAACCUAAGCUUGGCCUUGAUAUCUCUACUCGUGUACUGCGAGCUGUGAAUUUCACACAUGAUAACAUCAAAUCUUUGUACGCCAUACGAAAUGAAUUGCGAGCUGCACUCAAGAAUCUUCUAAAGGAUAGCGGAAUUUUAGUUCUGCCAACCACGGCUGGAUAUCCUCUGAAGAGAAACUCUAAAGAAAGACUGUCAUCUGGAUUUGAAGAUAGAAUUUAUGCAUUUGUUGGCAUUGCUGCAUUUUCAGGCUGUUGUGAGGCCACUAUUCCCUUGGCAAAUCACAGUGAUCAUCAUAUAUCUCUUUCAUUUGUAGCAGCACAUGGAUCGGACAAGUUCCUUCUUCGUACUAUAUUGGAUACAUAUUCUCUCAUCCAGGAGCAAGUAGCUUUGGCAUCCAAGUUGGUAACCACACAAGUAACCAAUGGUGAUGUUGAUGUUGAUGCGUCAGAGUUGCUGAAAGAAAAGGGUAAUAGUGCUUUCAAAAGAAGACAAUGGAGCAAGGCGGUUGAGUUUUAUUCUCAGGCCAUCAGUUUGAGUGACUCAAAUGCAACAUAUUACUGCAAUAGAGCAGCUGCUUAUCUGGAACUGGGCCGUUUUAAACAAGCUGAAGCGGAUUGUGAUCGGGCCUUACUGUUGGACACAAAGAACGUUAAAGCGUAUCUGCGGCGAGGUACUGCCAAAGAAGUAACUAUGAAUCACCAAGAAGCUCUUCAAGAUUUCAGGCACGCUUUAGCUUUGGAACCACAGAACAAAGCAGCCCUUGCAGCAGAGAGAAGGCUGCAAAAACUCCUGAAGUAAUAUGAGGAGCGCCAACAUCCACUUGUAAAUUUUUGAAAGACGCAUCUGGUUGAAGGCAAUUUUGAUCGGCCAUUUGUAAAAAGGGCACGUGCGAUUGGCCAGUUAAAUUAUCCAAAAGCCAUCAAACUCCUCCCUUUGUUUUCAUUCUUAAAUUUAUAUUUUUCGACGAUUUGAGGAGAUUUUGGCAUCUUCUGAGAGCAGAGGUUCUGUCACAUUGAAGUAUUGGAGGCCAGGCAGCUAUUGUUCCAAAAAAAUAAACUAAUUUAUGCUGUGAAAUUUACUUGGGUACUGUCCAAUAAGGCAAGCAGCAAGCCUUGUAUUAUAUGCACUGUACUGCUUCGACCUGAAAGUCGAUCACACUUUUUGAGUGCAUGGUAUCUGUGUCUGGGUGUUUACCCUUGCCCUGUUUCCUCA